UAUGACAGCACUAGAGUACCUUAAAAUCCACUUGCUAUCGUGAGAAGCGGUCUAGUGAGAAUAAAGUGAAAUGGCUUCCUUGUGUAGACAAAUUAUUCGGGCAAAUGCCCUUAAAACCACCCUUUUUUCCACCGCACGAAGGGGAUACGCAGACAGAAUGUUGCCAGACCCCCUGGAACAUGCCACUGGUUUGGAAAGGAAGGAGCUGCUAGCCAUGCAAUCUGGUAACGAUGAUCCCUUCAACAUGAAGGUAUUGAAGAAGGCUGCUGGAACCCGUGACAAUCCCACACUCGUGCCGUCUUGCUUCGAUGCCCGUAUUGUAGGAUGCAUAUGUGAAGAGCAUGCCACCGCUGUCAACUGGCUUUGGGUACACAAGGGUCACCCCCGCCGCUGCGAAUGUGGACAUUGGUACAAACUGAUCGAGAAGACGCCCCUCUAAACGCUGUUUCUACUUAGUUUUACUAUUAGUAGUCAUUAUUAUAACUGCAAUAACAACGCAUCCGCGGUAUUAUUCCAAUGUUCCUGUGAGUAACACGAUGCGUUAGAGGAACUAUUGAUCAGAAUUAAAUAAUUGUAAGCCUUAAAAAGUGUUUCAUUCGAUCGUUACCUACUGCAGUGUUAUGUUGUUAUCGGGAUUUAUUUUAUGUAGAUAAUUAAACAUUUAAAAUUGAA